AUGUCUACCGAAUGCACCAUCAUUGGCAUCGAGCUCACCGAGGAGCACCUCCUCCGCCUCGCCACGCGCAUUAGCCACGAGGAAGUCGACGACGCUAGGCAGGCCUACGAAAUCGUCGUCGGCGAGGCUAUCCAACUCGGCUUUGAUGUCCCUCCCACUAAGCACACCGGUCCUACAAGUGACCCAGAGAAAACUACCAUCAUGUUCGCCGUCUUUGACGACAUCGACAGUGCCCACAUCAUGGGCAACAACAACGCCCAUCGUCUCCCCAAGGCGAUCGAAUGGUUGACGGAGAACGGGCUCCCCGAGGCCGCCCAGAUGGAGCUGAAGAGGGCGACUUUUGAGCCUUAA